CUUCCCAAACGGAGAGAGAAACGGAAGGCGAAUAGAAGAAAAGCGUGCUGUUUUUUCAUCCUCUCGUGUCUCGUGUGUGCGCGCGAGCGUGCGCCUCCCUCCCCAUCUCGCGAUCCCAGUUCGAUCCGCUCGCCCGCUCUCCCGAUCCGACCCGCCCUCCGCGGCCGGGCAAUUCGGCCGCCGCCGCUCGGAUUCGCGUGGGCUCGCCCUCAGAUUCGCUCUCCCCGGCGCCCCAAACCCUAGAUCCGCCGCUGGUCGUCCCACCGCCGCCGCCAUGUUUUGGCGCAUGACCGGCCUCUCCGCGGCCUCGCCCGUGGAUACAAUUCUGGACAAAGAAAAUUUUACAUUGGAAGAACUUCUUGAUGAGGAUGAAAUUAUUCAGGAGUGCAAAGCACUGAACUCAAGACUCAUAAACUUCUUACGUGACAAGUCCCAGGUGGAACAGUUGCUUCAUUAUAUUUUGGAAGAAGUUCCAGAGGAUGCUGAAAGGAAGCGCUCCUUCAAGUUCCCUUUUAUUGCUUGUGAAAUAUUUACUUGUGAAAUCGAUGUCAUUUUGAGGACCUUAGUAGAGGAUGAAGAGCUAAUGGACUUGCUUUUCUCAUUUGUGAAACCUGAUCAUCCACAUAGCACAUUAUUGUCUGGUUACUUCAGUAAGGUGGUAAUAUGUUUGAUGCUGAGGAAGACUGCUCCACUUAUGAGUUAUGUUCAGGGGCAUCCAAAGAUAGUUGUCCAGCUUGUUGACCUGAUUGGCAUCACAUCGAUAAUGGAGGUGCUGAUACGACUGAUUGGUGCUGAUGAGACCAUAUAUUCAAACUAUGGUGAUACAUUGCAGUGGUUAGAAAAUACAGAUGUCCUUGAAAUGAUUGCAGACAAGUUUGGCUCAUCGGAUUCUCCUGAAGUGCAUGCCAAUGCUGCGGAAGUUCUAUGUGCAGUUACUCGUUGUGCACCUCCGUCUCUUGCUGCGAAAAUAUGCAGUCCAAGUUUUGUUGGAAGGUUGUUCCAUCAUGCUCUUGAAGAAUCAAGACCCAAAUCUGUUCUGGUUCAUUCACUAUCAGUGUGCAUAUCUUUGCUGGAUCCGAAAAGACUAGCAUCAGCUUCGUAUCAAGCAUUCAGAAGCAACUUAAGUCAUGGGGCAUUGGUCACAGCCAGUCCAGAGACAGUUGAUGGCAUGCUUGACAGUUUAGGCAACUUGCUGAAGUUACUGGACACUUCGGCUACUGAAAGCGGGUUGCCAACAACUUAUGGAUCUUUGCGCCCACCUCUUGGAAAACAUCGUCUGAAGAUUGUAGAAUUCAUCUCUGUGCUGCUUACAAUUGGAAGUGAAACUGCUGAAAAAGAGCUAAGAAGGCAGUCAGCAAUAAAGCGCUCGAUUGAUUUGUUCUUUGAGUAUCCAUAUAACAACUUUUUGCACCAUCAUGUUGAGAAUAUAAUUGUUGCUUGCCUGGAGGGUAAAAGACCUGAAGUUGUUGAGCAUGUUCUUCAUGAAUGUGAUAUUGUUGGUAAAAUUCUUGUCUCAGAGAGGUUUUCAUCCUUGUCGACUGAGUCUAAUGGGCCUACUGUUCCCUCUGAAGGGAAAACCCCUCCAAGAAUUGGAAAUGUUGGUCACAUGACAAGAAUAGCCAAUAAACUUAUUCAGUUGGGCAAUAGUAACAACACAAUCCAGGCUCACUUACAGGAAAAUAAUGAUUGGGUUGAAUGGCAAACAAAUGUGCUGGUCAAACGCAAUGAAGUGGAGAAUGUUUAUCAUUGGGCUUGUGGGCGCCCGACAUCUUUACAUGACCGUGGUAGGGACAGCGAUGAUGAUGACUUCCGGGACAGGGAUUACGACGUGGCAGCUCUUGCUAAUAACUUAAGUCAGGCAUUUCGUUAUGGGAUAUAUAGCAACGAUGACAUUGAAGAGGCACAAGGAUCACUUGAACGAGAUGAUGAGGAUGUGUAUUUUGAUGAUGAAUCAGCUGAGGUUGUAAUAUCUUCUUUGCGUCUGGGAGAUGACCAGGACAGCUCCCUCUUUACAAAUUCAAAUUGGUUCACAUUUGAUGGAGAGAGAGGCAUUGAUGAUCGUUUAUCUGCCUCUGUUCCUUCAUCAUCCCCCAAUUCUCUGGAGACUUCACUAGAGGCCGAGGAAGCUGAUGAUGGUAAAGUCAUUGGCACUGAGGAUGAAAUGGAAACAGUAUAUCUUGGAAAUGGUAGUGCUGAGGAGGUAAAAGAUGUAGCAGAAUGUAAUGAACAGCCAAAUUGUUGUACUGAGGAUGAGCGAUUGAAAAAUACUGAAGGGAUUGAACGGCAUCCAGAUGUUUCAAAUCACUAUACCGACAUAUGUACAAAUGAGGCUGCCUCUGCUGCAGCAGAAUCUUCAGCCCCAUCAGUUGAGAUAGUGGCAAAGAAAACAGUAGAUGAACCAUCGGAGGCAGAAAGAACAGUGGAUGAACCGGCAGAAUCAUCUUUGGACAGUUCUGUCUCUAUACCUUUGCCUGCUCCUGUUAAUGGUAGUGAGCCUGCCAACUCGGAAGCCUCUUCCGAACAAGUUGCCCAUGACACUGAUGUGCAGCAACCAGUCAAGGAAGCUCCUGAUGAGGACGUUAAUGCAAAGAAAACUGAUGUAGCCAAAGCAAGCGAGUGAAUUAGCAACAUGUUGGACUGAGCUGAUCAGAGCAAUUACUUGCGAACUGAAAACACUGGAGUGUAGCCUGUGCUCAGCUGCCACAAGAUAGCCUGAAGCAAACUGCUGUACAAUAAGCAAGUGAUUGUUCUGCCAUCAACGGUGGCAUAUCACUGUACAAAUGAGCACCAUUGACUAACGCACAUAAGUCGCCUUGUCUGAAACUGGUCAUUUUCUUUGAAAUUCACCCUCCAGUUCAUGUGCUUUGGUGGCAGACGUCGUGGCAUGGUAUAUGGUACCUGAGAACAUUCUUUGGGUGGCAACUGGUUUUGGCUACUUAGUCUUCUGUUGCCUGUAAUAUGAGAUGUGAUGUUAUUUCUAGUCUAGCUAUUGUUGUAAUUUUUUUGGACUCUACAUGUGUCAGUUCGACUUCGAACAAUUUUUUUAUAAAGAUUCGUCACUGCA